AUGAUUUACGUUAGAGAAAAGCCCAGGAGACGGAUGAAGACCCUGCCGUCCUGUGAAGACCUGUUGCUGUCGCUGCUGCCGCUGCUGGUGGUGACUGCCGUGUGGCUGGACGCCGCGGCUGCCAGCGAGUUUCCUGAGCGCGAGUGCUGCGACUCCAUACCUCCACUGCCGGCCCAGUACACCACAUCGCCUGCGUCUGGGGUGACCGAGCAGCCCAAGACGAGCACUUCAACAACGGUUAGACCGACAGCGGUAUCGGUGAGAACCAGCCCGCCGAUUGUCGACUGUAAGGUGGCCCGCCAGCUGUGCCGAAGGAGCGCUGCAUGUCAGUACAUCACGUCCAUCAUCCCGCGCCUCUGUGGACCCGAGCUGGUGUCGUGCUCGACGGUGACGGUGACCAAGUGUCGGGCGGCUCUGAGGACUCUGGUGGCCUUCCAGUUCUUCCAGCCCACGUGUCUGUGCAAGGAGCAGCGCGUCGACCCCGAGUGUAACACCUACCGCAACCUGGUGUUCGACCACCCCUGUCUGAGCGUCAAACAGCUCGAUAAGGACCCGUUUCCCACGCAGGCCCUGCCUACCUGUGAGUACGCUCUGAACGCGUGCCACCAGCAGCCCAGCUGCUCCAGAGUCUAUCACGACUACCGGCGACUGUGUCCCUUCUCCGACGGGACGUGUCACAUGAAAAACAGCUCUGCGUGCAGCGAUGCCUGGAUUGCGCUGAAGAAACGGAGCCCGUUAUACGGAUGCAUUUGUACUGAUUUUCGCGACUGGAACUGCGAGAGAGCGUUCAAAGCCGUUCAUGAGAAUCCUUGCAUAGUGAGCGGUCUGGGAGAAGCCGAGGUCUCCCGACCACUGGCUGACCAGCAGUUGGUGGUUCCGCUGUUCAACCUGACGUCAGAACGACCUUGGUCAUCAAGUAUUGAGAGGACACUCUACGGGCCUGAGAUGGACAGUAUGAAUAAUAAGUCUGAGGAGAACGCCGUCAAAGAAAAGCAAAAAACUACUGCCAAGCUUCCAUCUGCCAUCUCAGCCGGUUCGGUCGACCUGGAGUCGGCCGGGCCGGUGCUGCAGUCGUCCUGUCACACGGCGCUGGCCAACUGCCGCCGGGACCGCCGCUGCCGCUUCCUGCUGGAGCCCAUGUUGAACAGCUGCGCGGCCGACUCGUGCCACCGCCAGCAGUGUAUGAAGCACAUGCAGGAGUUCUACGACCAGUCAGACAGCGUGCUCGUCAUGGACGCCGCACUCUGCGUCUGCCGCCGGAGCGACGCGGGCGAGUCGGGCUGCGUGGCGGCCAUGCAGCGGCUGCACCCGGCGUGCGCCAGCCAGCCGGAGGGCGGCCGGCUGCCGUCGUGUCUGCGGGUGGCGCGCCACUGCCGCCGCCAGUGGGACGGCCGCUGCCGGCCGCGGCUCGAGCGCUACGAGCAGGCGUGCGCCGUGGACGUGGUGACGGCCCGCUGCGCCGGCCCCAGCCAGCACUGCCGGAGCGCGCUGCUGGCCGUGCUCGGUACCGAGCUGCACAGCCACUGCGGCUGCCACGACGCGCCGGCGGCCGGCUCCACGCCCGGCCAGCACAGCUGCCACGACUGGGAGCGCCUUCUCUGGGCUAACCCCUGUGUCGAAUUAUCUCAGCGGGAGUACCUUCUGCGCCAGCCGAGCGGCAGUCCCCUGCACGGCCCUCCGGCGCCAGUUCAGCCCCCAUCCAGCAGCCGGCGGAGGCAGGUAGCGCUCCCAGACAGUCAGAGACUAGUUACGGACUCUGCCGCCGAUGACGCCACCGUCGUCCCAAGCCAGCCCCACUGUGUGGUCAGAAAACCGGGACGACCCGACGACUUUAUCCUCGUAGGAGCAGGAGUGCGGUACUACCGUUUGAAGGGUAAUUCAGACCCGUACCGAGACGAGAAGGACUGCUCUGAGCUGUGCAUGUGCCACGGCCGCGGCCGGCUCGUCUGUAACGUGCUCGACUGUCUGGAGAAGCGCGAGUGUCAGUCGUCACUGGCGCUGUACCACCACGGCACGGCCGGACUCGUAUCCUACCAAGAGGGCUGCGUCUGCCACCAUGGAGACUUCAUCUGCGCCAGACCUGCAGACGAUGACUAUUCGCUUCCCUUUGGUGUGUUCCUGUUCUUGGGGUACAGUCGGGCCGAACAAGACAUGCUUUAUCCACACACCCACAAGACUAUUAGACAGUAUGUCGUCGAAGAGUUGAAGAACAUUCUCGACGUUGUCCUCAAGAGACAGGACAUGGGUGCUCAGGAUUGGCAGUGCACUCUUUCGGUUCAUGAACAUUUCGAGUCAACCAACAAUAUCAUCAUUCAAGCGAGACUUCGGCCUGAACAGAAGUUACACAAUCGGGCUGUCAACCAGGAAAUUUUGCGCAGAGAAAAGUCGGAGUGCUCAGGCCCGUUGCGUGAGAUCAGCCGGAUGAUAAACCACCGAGAGCCGGCCGUUCUGUCGCACCCGCUGCUAUCUGUGCUUAAAACGUCGGACGUGGAGGUAACCAUUCCUGAUCUGUCCGGUGGCCGGGCCCGCUGCCAUCCAUCCGUCGCCCUACCUGCAUUCUCUCUACUGCUGCUGCUGCUACUUGGUCACCGAUCGACGCCUACGUGACGUCACCUCCAGGUGUGAUGACGACACACAAUCGGGGAUUACGUCACACGCAGCUGGUCGGGCUGUGAGAGGUGAAUAGGCUCACGCCGGACUCACAGUGAGAUACGGUUUUGGUAAAAUGGUGUCAAGGUGGGACUGCUGUCAGACUUUUCUUACUUGGUGGAAGUUUACGUCUGUGGAUUGCGUUAAUGUCAACAGGACACUUUUAUGUAAGUAUUGGUACGAAAAACGGUGACGAGUUGCAUAUUCAAAUCCGCAACCGUAAAGCCGACGGCAAUUGUAUCUCGAAACUGUAUUUUCUCGUGGGACCUGUAUCGUAUAGAAUGUAAAUAUUGCCAUCGCUGUGAAGCAAGAGACAUUACCACACCAGCGAAAAUUAUGCGAUGCCUUGCAGUGUCGAUAUGAGGCACGGCCUGAGAUUAGUACCGAUUUGACAAAGUGGAUACUGAAUAAGGCAUCCAUACAGACUGCAGACGUUGUGCUAAAAAUCAGGCUUUGAAAACAUCAGCUCAAGAGCGACAUAUCAUAUCGGAAGGUGUCUAUUUUGCUGACAGUGAGUCUCAGUUAGAAACAUUGCGAUGUGCUUGAUGGAUUGUCUGGCUUCCGCUGCCUGCUACAGUUUGUUGUACAUUAUUUUGGAAGGUUGUUUGUAUUCCGUAUUGUACAAUCUAAAUAGAUGUAACGAGUUUU